AUGGAACGAUAUGGUGCUAAUCCAGAAGCUGAUUAUAAAAUUCUGAAAGUCAAUGGACUUGGCGCUGCAGAAUUCUUAUCGAUAGUUCUACCAGCAAUGGAAGCGUAUGGUGGCGGUCAGAUUGUUGUAAUGUCAUCCAGCUUAGGCUACAGGCCACUACCGUAUGUGGCAUCGUAUUGCGCAUCAAAAGCAAUGUUAUUGUUUUUAUGCGAAUCGAUUAGUCGCGAAUAUCCAAAAAUCCAUGUUCAGUGCUUGACUCCUGCACUCGUCGCAACAAAUAUGACACAUUAUGAUAAAACUCACGGAUCGUUGUUCGUGAAAACACCAGACAGUUUUGCCUGUGAAGCCGUGAAUACGAUUGGUUUGGUCAACGUAACAACCGGCUGCUUUAACCAUGAAUUCCAGAUGCUUCUGCGACAUUUGUUCCCAUGGUGUAUGUUGAAGUACAUACUAUUACCAUUCAACUGGUACCACAAACACAGGACAGAUCAGUUACACAAAGCUCGAGUCGCAGCAGAUUGCGAUAAAAAGGUUCUUCUUUUUGCUGAUUUUAUUUUGCCGGUUAAUUAA